AAACUCCCCUCCUUCGUUUCCCCCCCUCGCGGAGUGAGGAACCAAGCGAGGAGUGAGCGGAACAGGCCCGCCCCGGAUCCACGCCCUUCCUCCCCCCUAGCCAGCGGUUGCUCAGACCCCGCCGCGCCGGCAGCCGGACGGGUAGGAAGGAGCCAGCACCAUCAGCCUCGCUCAGUCGCCCUCUGCAGCCACCCCGCCCCGGCCCUGCGGGGCAGCAGCGACUACCCUGCCUGCGCCGAGCCCAGCCGGCCCGCGCUUCGUGCCCCUUUGCUCCCUCUCAGAGUCCCCCGCCGCCGGCCCGAGCCCUGUGGCGCCAUGGGCUGCACCGUGAGCGCCGAGGACAAAGCGGCCGCUGAGCGCUCCAAGAUGAUCGACAAGAACCUCCGAGAGGACGGCGAGAAAGCGGCGCGGGAGGUGAAGUUGCUGCUUCUCGGUGCAGGAGAGUCGGGGAAGAGCACAAUUGUAAAACAAAUGAAGAUUAUUCAUGAGGAUGGAUACUCAGAAGAGGAGUGCCGACAGUAUAAAGCAGUGGUUUACAGUAACACCAUUCAGUCCAUUAUGGCUAUUAUCAAAGCAAUGGGUAACUUGCAAAUUGAUUUCGGAGAUUCUGCCAGAGCGGAUGAUGCUCGCCAGUUGUUUGCACUCUCUUGCACUGCAGAGGAACAGGGAAUCAUGCCAGAAGACUUGGCCAACGUGAUCCGAAGGCUGUGGACAGACAAUGGAGUCCAGGCCUGCUUUAAUCGUUCUCGAGAAUACCAGCUAAAUGACUCUGCUGCAUACUACCUGAAUGAUUUGGAGAGGAUAGCUAGGGGAGAUUACAUUCCAACCCAACAAGAUGUACUGAGAACUAGAGUGAAGACCACAGGCAUUGUGGAGACUCACUUUACUUUCAAGGACCUACAUUUCAAGAUGUUUGAUGUGGGGGGCCAGAGGUCUGAGAGGAAGAAGUGGAUCCAUUGCUUUGAAGGGGUGACAGCUAUUAUCUUCUGUGUCGCUCUUAGCGCAUAUGACUUGGUCCUGGCAGAAGAUGAAGAAAUGAAUCGGAUGCAUGAGAGCAUGAAGCUGUUUGACAGCAUCUGUAACAACAAGUGGUUCACAGAAACAUCCAUCAUUCUCUUUCUCAACAAGAAGGAUCUCUUUGAGGAGAAGAUAAUCCACAGCCCCUUGACCAUCUGCUUCCCAGAAUACACAGGGGCCAACAAAUAUGAUGAAGCUGCUGGCUACAUCCAGAGCAAAUUUGAGGAUCUGAACAAGAGGAAGGAUUCCAAGGAGAUCUACACUCACUUCACCUGUGCCACUGAUACCAAGAAUGUGCAGUUUGUCUUCGAUGCUGUCACUGAUGUCAUCAUCAAAAACAACCUGAAAGACUGUGGGCUCUUUUAGCUCUUCAGGUGGCAUCUACUGAGGAACACAGGAAGGAUUACUUGAACUGCGCCAUAUGACGAAGAGACUGGUGUUGAUGAAGGGAGGACUGCACCAUUUAAUGACUUCUGUUUCUAAGUUUUGUUUCAUUCUUUUUAAUUUUCUUAAUUGCAAGACUGUGGAGUUUCCUCCAGCCCAAAGGGCAGGCUCCAUUGCUUUUCUUGCUCUGUGCUGUCCCAGCUACCACCUGUAGGCCAUUUGUAUCCUCUCCCUGUGCCCAGAAAGCCUUAUUCAAGCACCAGUAAUUGGUGGCCUGCCAUAGCUGUAUUGCUUUCAUGGUUUUCCAUUUUUUUUUUAAAAAAAGGCAGAAGUACAAAAAGUAAACAAGUCCAUGGGCUUUGGACAUGUUUUUCAUGCUUGUUCCUUUUUUAUCCUGUCCCCCCACCAUUUGUGAGAGAUUUUUCUAGUCCAAGCAACCCUCUGUCGGCCUUGCCAAAGCAAUCACUGAUCAUGUGUUUUUCACCUUCCAUCAGGAGGAGCUCUUGCUAUGGAGCAAGCCUCUCAGCUCCUACCUCUGUAAUUUGCACACAGACCAGCAAGAAAGCAAAAACAUUCCUCUAAAAGCCAAUUUGUGCAGGAAGUUGAUCUGCGUUGUUUUUUUAAAAAUAAUCUUUUAAAAAACUUUUAUUUAAAAUGUCAAGUAGUAAAUGGUUGAGUUGCCCAAUAUGAGCUUAACUUCUCUAGUAAAUUUUGUGCCUUGAGGGUGUCUGUAUGUUUACAUCUGUUUCCUAGUUUGCUUCAGUGUGCAUUGUGUUUAGAUUUGGAUGAAAUAGGUUCCCUCUUUCUCCAGCCCCUUUCCCCCUAUCUGCUGUGGUCCAGGCCAAGCUUUUUGUAAGGGGGGGGGCAGCACCCAUGGGUUUUAAACAUGUUUCUUCCUGGCCACAGAAUUAGGUUCCUAAGGGCUAAGAUUCCACUAAGGACUAAGCAAUGUUGAUGUCAACUUCUUUCCAUUCCUUUGUGCCCCACCCCAGGGCCUAGGGGUGCUCCUGAGGUUGCUGUACUGUCAGGUCUAUCUUAAUGUAUUUUCUUAGCUGUAACUGUAGCGUCAGUUGAGGAAACACUGCUGUAUGUAAGCGACCCUGCUGUCAAUGGGCAUCAGGGUCAUUAGUAACCAUCAGACGCAGCCUAGCUUUUAUCACAAUGUUUUACCAAAAUUGUUCACAUGGUUUGAAAUAAUAAAAAGGUAGAAAGAAAACCCUGUUUGCACUGCCUUGCUUCUCUCACACUGCGUCGCUAGGCCUUGCAUGCAUGCCAGGGGUUCAACCCUGGAUCUUUGUUAGCAUGGAAGGCUUGCCUUUACACAUGAAACAUUUCCUCCUCCAUUUAGCUCUGAAACAAGGCUACAAGAACCCAAAGCAGCAGCACAAGAGAAGAGCUGGAUUCACAGUUACAGAUGACCCUGAAGCUUGUACAAUUAAUUUGUUGUCAUCUGCACUGCCAAGGAUCUUGUGCUUUGCAUGCAGUUUGCGUGACUCACUGUCUCUCACAGUAUUCCAUUCACAGUAGCUAAAUAAGAGUUCCGCUACAGGUGGUAGAGGGUAGAGUCUCAGUGGUACUUCUGAAAUGGUGUUUUUGUAUAAUUAUCUGGAAGUAUCACAAUAUAAGCAUGUUGCAGAAUUCACCUAUAUUGGGUUUCUCUAAAGUUCUUCAUUGUUCAGCUGCUUGUUUAAUAUGUUUUCAAAUAAUACCCAAAGCUGAAUAUCAUGUAGAGCAGAAUGAUCCUGCAAUACCCUAUUGCAGGUUUCAGGUAAAAGGAUUUCAGGAUGCUUGCUGCUUCUUGAAUCUGCCGACUGCAUUGCCCAGGUGAAUUUCAGGCCAGACCCAAUUCCUAGGAGGCAGAAACUCCAUUCCCCAUGUGUGGUUUGCUGCUUCAGGCAGUACCAGUGUAUAAAUAUAUCAGCUUGAGAGGAGAAGUUCCACUUCCCUUCACAUACUGCUGAACUGGCAAUGCGGCUUUUUACAGUAAGGAGCAGGGGUACCUGGUGAAACAGAGAGAACAUAUUGUGAAGUGGUAGGAAUUAGGGCCCAUCGAUGAGCAACUAGUUUUCUAGGACAGCCAUUUUGGUGGUGGGCCAGUGCUUCAACCUCAACCCCCCUGAAUUGGUUUCCUAGCAGGUUCUGUUUCCAUAGAUGCUAUGCAAUCUAGUAAUAAAGUAGGCUGCCUUUGAGCAAGUGCAGUAAAGCAGGAUGGAUUGAGAGUCUUGUCAUGUUUGUUCCCAAUGGUCCCCAUCUCACCUGGGUUUAGUCAGCCAGCUUAGGAACCAAAGUGACUACUGUCAGAAGAGGCCACAAUCCUUGAGGUUCUCUUUGAUGAUGAUGUCAGUGACUGCAUUGAAGACAAACUUGACAUUCUCUGUGUCUGUUGCACAGGUCAUGUGAGAGUAGAUUUCCUUGACAUCCUGCCUCAUAUUCAGUUCCAGGAAUUGGACUUUGAUGUAGGCACCUGCAUCUUCAUAUGUAUUAGGCCCUGCAUAGAUGUGGAUGCUGGUAUCAAGCAGCAGCUUCUCUGAGUGACCAACCUGUGACACCACACCUCUUUCCCCAAACAGCCUCCUGCUUUGAGGCUUAAUUCAGCAGUUUUUCAUAUUUCUUUUAAAAAGUCAAGAACCUUGUACAUGUAUACCAUGUAAUGUUUAGUUUUUGCUGUGACCAUCCCAUACUUUACCCCAUCUGAACUGUGUGACUUCGGCAAAGGGAGGAAAGCAGUUUUGAAGCUGAAAAAUUCAAAGAGAGCUGAACAUGCUGCUAAAUUCUGGUUUACGUGGCAGAAUGCUAGCAUUUUUCUAUAGAACACUGAGGACACCUAGUGGCAGGUUUUCCAAAGCAUGUUUGCUAUAAUAUGGAUGUUUUUCUCAAAGGCAGCAAAUGCUGCCUUCUCAUUGCAAAGGUUUUCACUGAAAAGUAUGCAUUGAUUGGUGUGAUGGUGGUGAGAGAUACAUAAGACAAGUUGUUCACCCACCAAGGAAGCAAAUAAUAAACAUUAUCUUCCCCCUGCAAUUAACAGGACAGGGCAAAACAUAUUCCUUCCAGUAGGAGAACAAAAGGUCCAUCUCUUCCAGUUCCUGUCAGCUGAUCUUUCUGCUAAUCAGAAAGGCUGUCCUCAAAAAGACAGACUUCAAGGGGAGACUACAACAUGAAAUUACUGAAAUGGAGUUUAUUCACAAAUCCAGAACAAUAGAACACCCCCCAUCCCCCGGGGCUGAUUAGAGACUUAGGAUUCUUAUCUUACUACAGAUGCUAAUUUCAGCUCUAAUCCAGUUGCAUUGUAACUUUACAUCCUGAUGUCUUCCUUUGCUACUCCCCUCUCAUCUAAUUAAGCUGCACGAUACCUUUACAUCCUGAUGCCUUCCCUUGUAACACCCCACCCACCUUUAGCUGGUAUAUCUAGGCUUAGGGAUCUCCAUCCCUGCUCAUAUCUGAAGAAGGGAGUUCUGACUCUUGAAAACUUACAGUCUGAAAAUCUUGUUGGUCUCUAAGGUGCCACUGACUCAAAUCCUGCUGUUCUACUGCCAACCAGCAUGGUUACCCACCCAAACUUUCUGCUAAUCAUCUGACUUUUGCACUGUCAUCUCAUCCCUUCAAGCAAAUACAGGUUUUGUUGAUCAGCUCAUUCCCAGUGACAUAGGUAGAUUAUAUAAAUGAGUAUAUCUUCCAAGGUUUUCUUUGGACAAUCUCUCCUUUUAUUGGCAACCAUACUAUUAUCUGGUCCCAUAGAGAGACAAUAAUGGAAGAAACCUUGCACAAAUAAAAAGAGAGAUCCUUAAUGAUGGCAUUAUAGACUCCCUUUGAUUUUCAUUUAAUAAAAUUGCUAAAUAGAUUUAGCUAGCAAUUUUUCUGGUGUUUAUCUGUAACAUUGUUAUGACUAAUGAUGAUUAAACACCUACCCCCCCACCCCCC